UCUAAAACGCUCCUCGCGCACUACCGGAAUCUGUGUGUCGGUGAGGACGUGGCGCGGCGGAAACCCCGGAGAGGUACUGAAUAUACUGGAGACUGAAUAUACAAAGGAGCACAAAGAGGGUCCUGCGCACACUCGCUGACACGACUGUUGUUCCACGUGGCCUCUGUCAUUGACCAAAACACUUGCGCAGUGCAGACCGGGAGGCGCGCAAGCAGGGCGGUGCAGGGCAGAGGUUUCCAGAUGUGAACCUUUAACAUGCCCGGACUAAAGCUUUACCGUUCAUCAACUAUGCAGACAGGUGUGUUCAUGGAGUCUCACCUGGGCAGGACGACCCUGUGUGUCCUGUCUCUGUUCCUGCUGCUCACUCACCUGAGCCAGGCUGCACCGGGUCAACCUGCGACACAAAGGCAGGAAGCAGUCGAGGCCCGCCCCCCUUCAGCAGCGCUUGCCAAUCCCUUUGGCUCUGGAGAAGAGGACCGCAGAUUGCUGCAAAGUUACAUUCAAUCCAGUCUGAAGGACAGCCAAGGAGGACCCGAAAUCAGCACCUGGGAGCAAGAGGUUUUCUUCCUGUUUGGUCUUUAUGACUUCGACCGCAGUGAGCUCCUGGAUGGCUUGGAGAUGAUGAAACUACUCUCAGACUACAACUCCCAUCAUACACCUGGAGCAAAGACCAAUGUGCUGGUGGUGUCUAUGGUAGACUUUUUACUCCAGGCUCACGAUCUAAACCAGGACGGCCUGUUGGCCCCGUCGGAGCUGCUGUCUCCUUCAUUACCUCACACACAGGACUCCAGCAACAACAAAGCAGCCGAGGAGAAGCUGUCAAACCACGGGACUGACGAGGAGGCAGGAGGAGCAGAACAGAGGGAGGAGGCUCAGCAGGAGGUGCAGCUUCAAGAUGAAGACAAACCUCAACAGGAAGUAAAGACAGAAGAAGAGGAGCUCAUAAAUCAAGUGGAAAAACAGCAAGGACAACAAAUCCCAGAAGCCCCAGCUGCAGAACGUGGGCAGGACCACAAAGUCCCCGUUCAUCAGGGACAACCAGAGAUGUGAACACACAAACUGUGGACCGCAAGAUUUCUGUUGAAAAAAUACCACAUUUCCGCUGAGAGGACUUCUGAAUCUUUAUCCCUACAAAUGAUCUUUAUCUUGAUUACAAUUCUCGAUUACACUUUCUAAUUCAAUUGAGGAUUUACACGUAGAUGGCUGAUUAAUGAGGAGAUCAGAAUCUGAAAUCUCUUCAAUGAGGAAUGUAUUGAAAAGUUCCCUCUCACUGUAUUUGUUUUCUACAGCGAGAAACAAUGACUUAUAAAAAGCUGGAAAAGGGAGAAAAUGACUACAUUUAAAAAAAGCAAUAUUAUUUAUAUUAGUAAAACAGAAUCCCUAUUAGGCAAAGUACUUAUGAUUUUAUUCUACAUGCAAGUGAAACAGUUGGCCAUCUUUUUUAAAUAAUUUGGAAAGCACAAGAUGUGAAUUUUGUUUUAUUCACUUGUAUGUAUUAAGCAUUUUCUAUCAUACCUGAAAGAAGGAGCAUGUUUUUAAUGUUAAUGUGUUUGUCUUUAGAGCAACAGUUUGUUCAUGUUCACACUGAUUGGCCUUACUAUGACUGAGCCACCAGGACUGUUAUUUAGUUACACUGCUCUCUUUUACUACUGUUUGGCAAUAUGCUAAGACACACUGAUGUGCCAUGAAAUUAAAUCCGCUCUUCCUUGGGAAUUUCGCAAUGAUUAGUUAAUUUACUGAAUAAAAUUCGGCCAUUUUGAUGGAGAAAAGCACCAUAUUAUGUCAAGUCUCCAUUUUCUUUUUAUGCACUAGUAUACAUCUAGUAAGCGUUUACUUUUGAAGAUGUAAUGUGCCUGAAGGAGUUGGAAACCAUCAAAUCAGUAAAGGUUGGGAAGUUAGAAAGUCCCCAUUAAAAUGACAUUAGUUAUUAGCUGCAAUGCAAAGUCUCUAUCUGAAAACUUGACAUGUGUUUGCAGUAUGAAAGGGUUUCCAACUUGUUCAAAUGUUCUCGUUUUAACCAUUUAUGAAUUCAUACAGAUUAAAAAAUAAAGCAAACAUUUCAUAUA